AUGAGUAUAAUAUCGCUUCCCGACCAGCUUUCCAAGCUCUACAGUGACCUUCUUUCCCGCUAUUGUGUAUUCGCCAUCACCGCUCUGAAUCUUCUCGCCAUUACCCACAGACCAUUUAGCAUACUAGAGUUGUCUUGGGCCGUGACCCUGCAUACCGCUCGCAAUGUUACCACCGUUGACGACCUUGCCAAGCUAGUGGACCACAAAAAGCUCAUGAGCAUGAUACAACCCUUUAUCGCAAUUCAGCUCAUAGACAAGUCGUUGCAGGAUUUAAUCAAGAAGAAUUGGGCCACAAAAUACUCGAAUACAGAAGGUCCACACUACUCGGGAGAUGAUGGACAACGCUUUGAAAGCCCAGAAGCAUUGAUAUUGGAUAUAUGCGUGCGAUAUCUUCUUUUAGAUGAGAUUGGCGUCGAAUUCGUCUUCUCCGAAGAGCAGAUUGCGAUUUCGGAGCUUCCGCCAGAGUCUGACUUGUUCAACGACGAGAAGGGGCCAGUCAAGUACGAUUUUCAUUGCUCGUGGGAAGCUUGGGAAGAAAAUAUGACUCGGUUCAAUCCGGCUGAGCGUGGAUUGGGUGAGGUCUUUGUCUACGCAUCAUGCUAUUGGCCUGUAUUUUUUGGUCGCGUCACGGCUGAGGGCCUUCCCAACCUAACGAGUAUCGAAAAGUUGUGUCAAGCCGACUCGAACCGAAUUCGCAACUGGACUCAGCAAAACCAUCGUCCAGGCUGUGCGAUGCCACCAAGGUUCCCAUUUGACAGCCAGCUCUAUGAUCCCCUCAGUAUCACCUGCCUCUAUGGCUCUGUGGAUAUGAUGCAUGUCAUGCUUAGGGAUUCUGAUUUUGACAAUGGCAAUUACCUCGAAAUGACGGCCAUGAAGGCGGCAGAUCAAAUCCUUCAAUGGGGAGACAUGUCCAGGCUCAGGGCACUUUUUCUGGAUCCGAGACUUGGUCAUCAGCUACGAAAUCUGGACUUCUUCCGCCUGAUUAUCCGCAGGUGGCGUGAAUCGAGUGUCUGUCGACCCGACUGGGAAGAUGCCUUCGCGCUAAUUGAUCUGAUAAGAGAUCAAAUGGUCCAGCAGCAAUGGGGAUAUGAGCUCUGUUGCGGCGCCCAACCCGGCAAUUCACCUGAGUACAUAGCCGCCGCUCGCGCACUUGCGCAUGAACUGCACGCCGCCAACGCAAAACUAGUCUAUGGAGGCGGAACAAAAGGCCUAAUGGGCGAGGUGGCAAAGACUCUAGUAUCACUAUCUGGGCCAUCUGCAGUGCAUGGCUUCAUACCCAAGGCACUGGUAGCACACUAUCCUGAUGCGGACAUCGGCCACCAGGCCGAAGGCAAAGCCCAGGAGGAUGGGAAACAACCCGAGCGAAUGCUUGCCCCGGGGUCUUCACCAGCCGAGGGAGAAUAUGGGAGAAUCACCAUCGUGGACAGCAUGCACGAGCGAAAACAGAAAAUGGCAAAGGAAGUUCUUGCCGGUGGUCCUGGGUCAGGGUUUGUAGCACUUCCGGGCGGUUAUGGGACCCUUGAGGAGGUCGCUGAGGUUAUUACGUGGAAUCAACUGGGGAUUCAUGAUAGAGGGAUUGUUUUGUUGAAUGUUAAUGGGUUUUGGGAUGGGCUUGUGAUGUGGAUUGAAAUGGCGACUCAGCGGGGGUUUGUUGGACAGGCGAAUAAGGGUAUCAUGGUGGAAUGUAAGGAGGUGGAGGAGGUGAUUGGGGUGCUUAAGGCGUAUAAGCCGAGUGGUGGGAGGUUAAACCUGUCUUGGGGGAGUAAGUGA